UCUCAAGUGCAGGUGUAAUUAAUAUAUUGUUUAAGUAGCAUUUUAGUGUUUUAUCGCUCUCCUCGCAUUGAACAUUAAAAGAAUAACAUCUUUUUAGUUGGCGACUACAUUCUUUACAUAUUAUUCGAGAAUCUUAAGGAAACUUUGAUAUUUUAUUCCUUCAUAAGUGAAAAAAACACUAUUAAGAUGUCUUCAUUAGAGAAAAGUAUGAUGAAAAAUAAAUUACCACCCCGAAUGCCAAGAACGUCAGGUGUUUCUAAACUUGCACCAUUCGGAAUUUCUCGCCGCAAAGAUUACACACCUGUGUCAUGGAAGAACUAUUUUGAGAAAUACGUUGAUAUUGAGAUAGACGCGGGAAUCUUCAGAGUGUACCUGUCUCCUGAGCCUGAUCAUCCACAGAGGCCUAGAAUCGUGACAUUACACGGCGGAGGAUAUUCUGCAUUAAGCUGGUCUCUAUUUACAGAGGAAAUAACGAACAUGAUUCACUGUCAAGUAGUGUCUAUGGACAUUCGAGGUCACGGUGAAACAAAGGCCGUUGAUCCCGACGACUUAAGCAUUGAAACUUUGGUCAAAGACGUGGAACAAGUUCUUCACAAACUGUUUGGUUCCGAGCUCCCGCCUCUAAUUCUUCUCGGUCAUUCGAUGGGUGGUGCUAUCGCUGUCCGGACAGGUCACAUACCAUCGCUGCAACUCGCUGUCCAAGGAGUUGCUGUGAUAGAUGUGGUCGAAGGUACAGCGAUGGAGGCAUUGGCUAGUAUGCAGAGUUUCCUAAGAAGUCGUCCGACACACUUCAAGAGUAUAGAACACGCUAUAGAGUGGUGUAUAAGGAGCGGUCAAGUGCGGAAUGUCGAGUCGGCCCGGGUGUCCAUGCCGAGUCAAAUUGUGAACUGCGUCACUGGCGAACUAGCGACGAAUGAAGUGGAAGACUACAAGGCAGUGGAGUCCCCCCUGGAGCCGACCGCCAGGGGGAGGAGGGAUGACGUCAUCGCCGAGGAGGGGGAGGGGGAAAUGGAGGGAGGGGAGAGCACGGCCGAGCAGAAGGGGGAUGGGGGGCCGUUCACUAAGCCAUCACCUGUAGAUGGGAAUAUGAGGUAUCGUUGGCGAGUGGACCUCUCUCGUUCUGAGCGUCACUGGUCGGGGUGGUUCAGUGGCCUAUCGGGUUCGUUCCUCUCAACGCCAGCACCCAGACUGUUACUGCUCGCCUCCGUUGACGGACUGGACAGGGACCUUACAGUCGGACAGAUGCAGGGCAAAUUCCAGAUGCAAGUUCUAACGAGAUGUGGUCACGCUGUUCACGAGGACACGCCAUCAGAGGUGGCCCGCGUGGUCGCAUCGUUCGCGCUACGUCACCGUCUCACAAUCCCGACCGAGACCGGGGAGGACAUGAACCUGAUCUCCGCCCCCGGAUGCUAAACAUUAUAAUAAUAAAGUUAUUUAUAUUUG